AUGGUCUUUGUGGACUCCUUGGGUGUGGUGGAUUUUGAUGACACUAGGGGUGAUUUGAUUGCGGAUUUUGAUGAGGGUGAGAGUUUGGUGGCUGAUCUGGCUGAGAGGUCCCGUAGCUUGCUCUUGCAGGUCAGCCCUCUCUUUGUACCAAGUUCUCCUUUGCUCUAUCAAUGGAGGAGCCUCUUCUGUUCUGAGAAAUACCUCAAACCCACCAGCUGUUUCACUGAUUCUCAGAUGAAAAAUGGUCUCUUUUCAUUUCCAGAUCCUAAUAAAAUAUUAAGAUGUGAUCGAACAAUUCAGUCUUUUGCUAAAACAGGGGAAGGUGGCUCUGGCUAUUGCAAAUACGAUUGGAGAAAGUAUGCUGCUCCAUCUGUGCGCUCUGCUACUUUCUUGGAAUUUGGUAACAUUGAGUCUCCAAUGUAUACCAGACUUAGACCGUUUUUUUCCACUAUUUAUAGCAGGAUGCAGGUAAGAGCACCAUCACAGCCAGUGGUUGUGUCUAUACCAAUAUUGCAUUAUGAUGAUACUGAAUCUGCAAAAGCAUCAAGACGUCAACUCAAGGAAGCUAUGUAUACAACACUAUUUAACAUGAAUGUUCCUGCUGUUUGUGCAAUUAAUCAGGCAACUUUAGCUUUGUAUGCUGCUAGAAGAACUUCAGGAAUUGUUGUAAAUAUUGGGUUUCAAGUCACAUCAGUUGUUCCAAUUUUACAUGGUAAAGUAAUGCACAAAGUGGGUGUGGAGGUUGUGGGACUAGGAGCACUAAAACUUACCGGGUUUCUUAAGGAGUUGAUGCAGCAGAACAAUAUUAGUUUUGAAUCGCUGUACACCGUUCGCACUUUGAAAAAGGUACAAGUCUUGCUUGUUUCUUGAGUGCAGAAUAUUGUUGUUGAAUAUUUAUCCUCGUUUUUCCUGACUGUAGUUAUUCUGUUUUAAUACUAUCAGCUUUGCACCCUUAAAGAAAAUAUUUUGCUCAUGGUACAUUAUACUACUAAUACCAUUAGUAUCCUGUGUUUUAGUGGAAUGUUUCAAUUUUGUUUUCUACUGCUCUUCUCUCUCAUUUUUGUAAGGAGACCUUGCUGAAGCUGAGUUCUAUUUAUGACCUUAUUUCUAUACAGAAUCUCUGUUAUGUUGCCUAUGAUUAUGAGGCUGAGCUACUCAAAGAUACACGAGCAUCAUCUGACGCAGCAGGAGAAGGUCAGUUCACUCUUUCAAAAGAGCGGUUUCAAACAGGAGAAAUCUUAUU